AUGGCCGAUAAGCGGGCGGAGUUGGCCUCCAGGACGGGUGUCAGGAUGUUUUCCCUAAAGAAAUGGAACGCGGUGGCGAUGUGGAGCUGGGAUGUGGAGUGUGACACGUGCGCCAUCUGCAGGGUGCAGGUCAUGGAUGCUUGCCUGCGCUGCCAAGCUGAGAACAAGCAGGAGGACUGUGUAGUGGUAUGGGGAGAAUGUAACCAUUCGUUUCAUAACUGCUGCAUGUCCCUGUGGGUGAAGCAGAACAACCGAUGCCCACUGUGCCAACAAGAUUGGGUGGUUCAAAGAAUAGGCAAAUAG